AUGGGAAAUGGACCAUCAAAAAUAAAAUUCCAUCACAACGGCAAAAGCCGAAAAAAAUGUUAUAAUACGCGGCGCAAGAGUUCAUCGUCGCUGUCCAGUUGCUCUUCAAGCACAGCAUCACGCCAAAAUUCGGCGACGUCCAGUGAUAAUGACUUUUAUCGGUUUUCGUAUGGUCGACGGUAUCAAAAUGUCGAAAAUGUCAACUAUUUUAUGCCGAAUGAUGAAGAUGAGAUGGCACGACUACAACUUUUACACUAUCUAGUCAAACUAAAUUGGAACUCUGAUUUUUCAUCGCCGAUAACAGAACGAUUAAAGUUCGGGAAUUUCAAAGUUCUCGAUUGCGGCUGCGGCCCAGGCACAUGGGUAAUGGAACUUGGAUCCGAAUACCCAAACUCACAUUUCAUCGGAAUAGACUGCUGCCCAAUUUUUCCCACAAGCAUAAAACCAGCGAACGUCGAAUUUCAAUGCACAAACUUGUUAAACAGCCUCCCGUUCGAUGACGACACGUUCGACUUUGUGCAUAUGCGAUUUAUGGUUGGCUCAUUUACAUCCGAGCAAUGGGAGUCGAUUGUCAUUCCGGAGUUGAUGCGAGUUUGUAAACCGGGUGGGUUUUUGGAGUGUAUGGAGUCGGACAUGAAGUGGGUGAAUAGUGGUCCUGCUACAGAUCCAUAUCUACAAGAGUAUCUUCGACGAACAGAUAGAUUGGUUAACAUUAAUCAUGCACAUAGAAACAUACCGAUUGGAGGGUGGGCCGGAAAACUUGGUGAAUCGGCAUUCCAAGUAGCUCAACAAACAUUUGAAGCAAGCAAAAUACAUCUGAGCGAAUUUCUCGAAAUAAGUCACGACGAAUAUGACGAGUUGAUUCGUAUAGCUUGUAGGGAGUUCGACCAAUUUCAAACUAUGGUCCCGACGUUUCGAUUUUGGGCUCAGAAGAUUUGA